UGCAUUAAAUGUAUACUCCAGGAUGCUGUUUGAGAUAGGGCUACUGGUGCUAACUAGUGUUCUGUACAUUUACUAUGAAGUCACAAAGCAGUAUGGAUUUUUCAAGGAUCUCGGAGUUCCAUUUUUAAAGCCCUCCUUUCCUUUUGGGAGUGAAAAUGGAAAGAAAAUGUUUUUGGGCAAAAUUGCUCUUCAAAACACUGAUGUUGAGGCGGUUAAAGAGUUUCCAAAGGAGAAAGUAUUUGGCUAUUUCCUUAUAGGUCAGCCAGUUUUUGUCAUCAAUGAUGAAGAACUAGCAAAGAAGGUACUUAUCAAAGAUUUUGAAUACUUCACCGAUCGUAGAACUUUUGACACAGCUGAUCCUAUUGCCAAUGCCUUUCUCACAAAUCUCACUGGAAUGGAGUGGAAGCAAAUGAGAUCUAUGCUCAGUGGAGUAUUUACCAGUGGGAAACUCAAACUAAUGGCCAAGCAUAUGGAUAAAGUUGGAAAAAACUUUGAAAAAUAUGUGGCAUCAAAAGCCAAAACUGGAGAGGAGAUAGAUAUGAAAGUAGUUGGUGGUCUCAUGACUUUAGAUUCCAUUGCCUCUGCAGGUUUUGGAAUUGAGGUUGAUUCCUUCAAAGAGCCAGAGAACACUUUUAGAAUUAUGGCCUUGACACUUGUUGGAGCUCCGGGCUAUCGUUCUCCUCUUGACAUCAUAAAAUUUUUUUUUUUUGCAAUUUUACCGAAGGUUGGAAAGUUUUUAAAAAUCUCUUUUUUGAAACCUCAGGCAGUCAACUUCUUUUCUAAUAUCCUAAGAAAUGCCUACAAAAGAAGAAUGGCAACUGGGGAGAAGCGCAAUGAUAUAAUAGAUGUUAUCGUUGAAGAACUCCGAUCUACAAAGACAAAGAAGCCACAAACUUUUGAAAGUGAUUUUGAGAAAGAUGCUGCUCUAGACACAUCAGGUCUGAAAGAUAUAAGAGAAACUGGGUUAGAUGAAGAAAUACUACUGAUAUCCAAUGCUCUGUUGUUCUUUUUUGCUGGAUUUGAAACUACAUCUUCUGGAAUUUCAAUUAUUUGUCACAAGCUUGCUCUUUACCCGGAGCUGCAAGACAAGGUAUUUCAAGAGAUUUCUGAAAUUCUUGGGGAAAGUGAAGAUGUCAGCUUUGAACAACUUCAGGAAAUGAAAUAUUUAGAUAUGUUUAUAUCCGAAUGCUUUCGUGUUACAACCUUGUUGUCAGCUCUGGAACGUAAAUGUGUCAAAGACUACUUGAUCCCAAAUACCGAUAUCAUCAUACCAAAGGGGCGCUUUGUCAAAAUAUACACCAAUGACAUAAGUGUACGCGAGGCCAACUUCAAAAAUCCAAAUGACUUUGAUCCAGAAAACUUUGCUCCUGAGAACAAUCCCAAUAAGUUUGGAAUGAUGAUUUUUGGCCAAGGUCCACGGAAUUGUAUUGGAAUGCGUUAUGCUCUCCUGACGAUCAAGAUAACAAUGGUCUAUCUGCUCAGGAAUCACAGAGUAGUAAGAUCUGGAAAAACUACAGAUGUUCUUGAGGUUGACCCAGCUAACUUUAAUCUUUUCAAGAACGGAGUUUUCAUGNCCCCCCCCCCCCCAUCAGCAGGAAUAGGGUUAAAAAUGUCGAUCACAGAGAUCUGUGAUGUCGAUUUGCUCAUGGCCCUGGAACUACCCUCUAUCCAGCUUAUUCCAGGGUCCUGA